AAUGAUAACACAGUCGAACUUAAAAUGACAGGCACGGGGCGAAAUAUCUUACAUAGUUCUGAAAUAUUGUCGUGUCAUUGGUUCUGAUAUCGAUUAGGAGCUCUGCGUGUGGAUUUUUGUUCAGCGUAUCAUAUCGGUUUACGAAGACCAGCCUACGCAUUCAAUUUACGAAGCAUUGAGAAGUUAACGCAACCGAUGCACUCGUGUGAAAUAGACAGGACGCAGUUUGUGUAAAACUAAAUGAGCAUGAGGUGUAUUUUACUGCCGAUGCAUUUUAUCAAGAGUCUUACCUGAAAGUCUGCAGGUUGGGGCGCUGAACGCCUGCUUCUUUGCCGAAAGAGGCUUCAAUGUGGAACUGUUCGAAUCCCGCGAAGAUAUCCGGCGGGCCGAAGUUGUGAAGGGAAGAAGCAUCAACCUGGCUUUGUCUCACAGGGGCCGGCAAGCACUGAAGCAGGUCGGGAUGGAGGACAAGAUUGUCUCCCAGGGGAUCCCCAUGAAUUCAAGAAUGAUCCAUUCAUUAAAUGGGAAACAGUCCCCGAUCCCUUAUGGGAAGAAAGGUCAGUUCAUCCUGUCAGUGGACCGAGCCAAUCUGAACAAAGAGCUGUUAACAAAGGCAGAGACGUAUCCAAACACAAAGUUGAACUUUGACCACAAACUGCUGGAUUGGAGAGCUGAAACAGGGCGGAUGACCUUUGCCAGGUCAGAUGGCUCCAAAGAGCAGAUCAACGCGGACCUGAUUGUGGGCUGUGACGGAGCGUUCUCGGCCAUCCGCAAGCAAUUCCUCCGCCGCAGCCGCUUCGACUACAGCCAGACCUACAUCCCCCACGGCUACAUGGAGCUCACCAUGCCACCCAUUGACGGAGAGUUCGCCAUGAAGCCUAAUUAUCUGCACAUCUGGCCACGAAACACCUUCAUGAUGAUCGCCCUGCCCAACCUGGACAAGACCUUUACCUGUACCCUCUUCAUGCCCUUUGAUGAGUUCGAGAAGAUCACCACAGGCGACGAAGUCAUCGACUUCUUCCAGAAAUACUUCCCCGACGCCAUACCACUGAUCGGAGUCGAUGCUCUCAAGACGGAUUACUUCCGACUGCCCGGACAGGCCAUGGUGUCCAUCAAGUGCUCCCCGUAUCACAUUGAAGACAAAUGUGUCCUCAUGGGCGACGCGGCCCACGCGGUGGUGCCCUUCUACGGACAGGGGAUGAACGCUGGCUUCGAGGACUGCAUUGUCUUUGGAGAAAUAUUGGAUCAGCUCAAUAAUGAUUUCAGCGCCGUGCUGCCAGAGUACAGCAGAGUGCGAGUUCCAGACGACCACGCCAUCGCAGACCUGGCCAUGUACAACUACAUUGAGAUGCGAGCCCACGUCAACUCCAAAUGGUUCAUUUUCCGAAAACAUGUUGAUAACUUCCUCCACUUCCUCAUGCCAAGCACGAUAGUUCCACUGUACACAAUGGUCACUUUCACCAGGACAAGGUACCACGAGGCCGUGGACCGCUGGCAUUGGCAGGACAAGGUGAUAAACCGCGGCCUGCUGUUGAGCGCGACAGCAGCUCUUUUGGGAGGCUCCUACCUGCUCAUUAAAAACCCUCCUGAUAUCAGCAAGCUCAUCAGGCCCGCUGAGAAGAUGUGGGACGGGCUCGUGGCCCUCUGCAACCCCCGAGCGCUGGCUCGGAUCUGACAGACAGAGAGUCCCAUUUUAAUUAGGGUUUGAUUGAAUCCUCUGAUGAACACAGUGAGAGCCUUUGACUGGCAAAUGAACGUAGCGAUAUGAGGACUUAAAUGAUGGACGCGUUGAUUGAAUGUAGAAUUCCUCAACAUUUAAUAGCUGUGUGACUGAUUGGAAUAUUUAAUUGCCAUCCAAAAUCAUUGUCACAUUUUUUCAUUGAGAGAACCAAAAUGGCAGUAUUAUGCAGUAUUAAACCCACUGGCAAGGAGUAUUAGUAUGGAGUAUUUCCAGGGAUCAGUUAGGAGUUACAAUACAAACAGUCAAUACAAACUGUAUACUGAAGAGAUAAAU